CACCACCAUCAUCAUCAUCAUCAUUAAUCCACACCAAUUACCCCAACAGCCACCAGAACAGACUGGACCAGACAAUCCCAGCAAGCGCACUUUCACCAAACACCCAAUUGACCCAACAAAAGAAGAGAAAUUAAGAAAGAAAGGAAAACAAAAUGUCCACCUCCACCCCCAACAACCACAACCCAGAACAAGACCACGACCGAGACCUCAAUCACAACCAACCUCUCCACCAGGAAAACCACCAACCCCAAAAUGAACCCCAGAACCGACCCAAGAAAGAAAAACUCCCCAUCCACACCCACCACUGCCGCUUCUGCAACCACCUCCUCCUAGCAACAACCCUCCAGUCCCUGACAUCUCUUCCGACGCGCAACCCGCCUGCGAAAGACGGGGCUGUUAUUGUGCCUCUUUCUUUACCUGUUUCUUCAUCAUCCUCUACCUCAUCAACAUCAUCUUCGACCAAGGGGGAUACGGAUACCGAGUUAAAAACCAAGGAAGAAGGAGGAGAAAAGAAAGAUCUCCACACGACUAUCCUCCUCUCAACAACACAGCCGGAUCGGGGCUCGACCAUUAUCCGCCGAGAAGACGGGUUCGAGAAGAGACGGUUGAUACGGUGUGGGCGGUGUAGGGUUGUUGUGGGGUAUUUUUUGGAUGGGGUUCAUUUUCCUUCGGCCUCUUCUUCUGGGGGGGUGAAGGGGGAGGGGGUGCGGAGGGAGAGGGAGAGGAGGAAGAUGAAGAGAAGAAAGAUGAGGUCAAGGUGGUGUAUUUACUUCCUGGGGCGUUGAUGGAGACGGGGACUAUGGUUAAAGGGGAUGAGGAGGAGUUGAGGAGGUUGGAUCGGGGGUGGAGUUCUUGG